CUCUUACGUACAGGAUUCACCCCAGUCAGGGUAAAUCUGCCUCGGGGUCGAGACGUCGUGCUUACUCCCGUUAUGUAUACUUUGUUGUGGAUAUUAAACCGUCACAAAAAAUUUUUUUCUCUCGAUCUAAUAAUUUUUUACUCCUAAAAAUUUUUUUUUUUACACUUUUUUAUGUCCCAUAUUUACUCUUUUUUUUUCCACAGUGACAUCCAAUAAAAAGUAAUAAAUAAAAAAAUGAUAAAGUUUUGAAAGUAAAAUAUAAAAAAAAAAAUUAAUUAACUUAAAAAUUAGUGAGUUUUGUUGAUUAAAUAAAAAAAUAUAAUACUCCAGUGUAAAUAAAAUUUAUCUGUGUAAAUAAAAAUGUAGAGUUUUAGUGUAGAACAAAAGUUGAGGAAUAAAAUAAAGUGGAGUGACAAUUGGUUUGAGUUGCCAGACAGUAUUCAGUGGCAUAAAAGUAACAACAAAGUUUGGCAAUAACCAUUCACGUGUGACGUUAUCGUAUGUGAGGACACACCAGUUACAUUUAUACCCCUAAUAUAUUGUUAUUACACCCUUACAUUUUGUUCAUGUACUCAUUUAUUGGUCCGAGUAGUACGAGCAUAAGCGCCAGCACAACUACAACUUGUACGCGUACGAGAACGAGGGAAUAAAUAGAUACGCGUAUAAAUCCCCAGUCCGCAACUAUCUGAGGCGGACCAAAUUUUCUUCUACCCCUUUUUUUUUCUUUUAUGAUGCUCGCGGUCGUUACGUAUGUAAAUGCAAUGAAGUGUGUGCGAGUACUCGGGGGUUGAAAUAAACUUGUCGUGAGUGAUCUAUGAUCUUCGAGACUAACUCGUGCAAGCUAACUUAGAUAAUUUAUUCUGAGGACGCUUCGCACGCCGCCGGCAUAUCGAUAUAUAUAUUUGGUGUGUGAUCCAGGGCGGCGUCGAUUUUUAAAAAAAUAUUUAUAUACAUAUUUUAUUACUUUAUAAAUAACAGAAAGUCUAGAGGAUUAUUCAGUCAGUGUACGGUGUGUUGAGUUAAAUGUGAAAGCUCUGAAUUAAAAUAUGACUAAAAAAUUUUUCAAGUGCACUCGAGACACUCGUACGGAUGUGUUGUCAUUUCUCGGUAGUUUUUAGUCUUGUUAAAGUUUUAGUUUUAUAGUUACACAGAGAAAGAGCAGAAGGAGGAAAAAGAGAAGGAGGAGAACGAGGGAUAGGAGUGAGCCCGUUAUUCAGAAUUGAGGAUGAAGAAAAUUAUGAAGAGGAUGUGGGUCAUUUGAGUAUCGUUGUGUUGUGGAAUAUAAAAGAAAGUUUAGAGAUCAUUCUAGUUUUGCGAAAUGGCUUUGAGAUGGCAAGCGAGGCUAUCUAUCGCCGCUAUACUUUUUAUGUGUACUGAAGACACGCUGAGUCUGAAUGAUGGGAUGGAAAAGCUGGAGCGGCAUCCUGGGCAAGGCAGGCCAAGACAGCAGAUGAUCGAUCACUCGAUCGGCCUCAAGACCAAGCCAGAGCCCACUUUUGAUUUUAACCAGCCCACUAAUGUCACUGCUCUCAUCGGAAAAACAGCGUAUCUCACUUGUCGAGUCAGACAUCUUGGGAAUAAAACUGUGUCGUGGGUGCGACUGCGAGACAUCCACAUCCUGACAACAGGAGCGUACACUUACACGAGUGAUCAGCGAUUCCAGGCUCUGCACAGACAGAACACCGGUCAAAAUAAUGAGUGGUCUGAGUGGACCCUGUGCAUAAAAUGGGCCCAGGAGCGUGACCAGGGUAUUUACGACUGUCAAAUAUCGACCAUACCACUAAAGUCUCACCAGUUUUACCUGAACGUUGUCGUUCCCACGGCAACGAUUCUCGGUGGUCCGGAACUGUACGUGGGUGCUGGAAGUACGAUAAACCUGACAUGUGCGAUACGGUUCAGCUCCGAACCCCCAGCCUACAUCUUUUGGUACUACGACGGCAACGUACUCAGCUACGACAGUCCUAGAGGUGGUGUGUCGGUGAUAACGGAGAAAGGAACUGAUGUUACAACUUCGUGGCUCCUUAUACAGACAGCCCAGCCCUCAGACUCGGGUGAAUACAGCUGCAAGCCCAGCAAUGCCAAUACUGCGUCUAUACGUGUUCACGUUGUCAAUGGUGAACGUCCAGAAGCGAUGCAAACAGGGACAGCAGGGCCUAUUUUAUCCUCAAGCUGCCUCUUGGUAUCGCUCAUCAUUUUGUACAUAUCUUCAGUGUAAUACGACUGGCACAAAUAAAAUAAAAAAUAUUAAAUAAAUAAAUACUAUUUAUAAAUAUAUAUUAAAAUAUUGCUAAGAGAAUGAAAUAAAGCUCGUGGAUGACCAGCCGUGUCGAUAUCCCGGGUACAAAUAAAAUAAGACAAGUAAAGUGAGAUUGCGAGCGAGCGAUUGAGAGAAUCUGUGAGUGAAUAAAAGAUAACUAAGUACGUCUUAUAUUUUUGGUUGCGUGCAGUGUUAUAUAUUUGUCCGUUAGUCUGACAGUUUAUCCCGUUUGAUUGAUUCGUAAGCCGCCGUGAGAAGUAAAGACGAAUUUUAAAACUGGGAUAAGGAUAUUCGGUUUAAUCUGGAUUAUCUGUCAUCGUUCGGCGUCUCAAUGAUUCGGCUCAUUCAUACACUCGCCGUUACAGAGACUUACAUUUACACACUAUCAGAAACAAGAGUAUAAUCUACUUUUACUUAAAUCACCGACGCAUUGCGAUCGAGCAGAUAAAAUAACCUAUCGCUUAGGGAUGGGCGAUAUUGAAAAAAAACAUCGAUAUCGUAACAUCGAUAGUUUUAGUUUUUUAUUAUCGAGUAUCGAUAUAUCUUGUCCAAAAAAUAUCGAUAGAAAACAUCGAUACUUUAGAAAAAAAAAAUCGAUAGUUGAAACAUCGACAGAUAUCGCCCAUUCCUAAUUAAAAAAAAAUAUCGAUAUCGUAACAUCGAUAGUUUUAGUUUUCUAUUAUCGAGUAUCGAUGUAUCGUCUCCAAAAAAAUAUCGAUAGGAAACAUCGAUACUUUAGAAAAAAAAAAUCGAUAGUUGAAAUAUCGAUACUUUAGAAAAAAAAAAUCGAUAGUUGAAAUAUCGAUAGAUAUCGCCCAUCCCUACUAUCGCUUACGAAUUACACCCGGCCCUCAAUUACUCAUGUACAUAAUUAAAAAAAAAAAGAGAAAAAUAAAUAAUUUUGGCACAACUGUCAUUCAAAAUUGAGCUCCGGAAUAAAUACCAAAAAGCUUUUAUUAUUUUUAAUAAAUAUCACGUAUCUUUAUUUUCAAUGGCAUGUUGGAUAAAUUAAACCGACAAUCGGCGUUUUUGUAUAAACUUUUCCAUCAAUCAAAAAAUUGAAUCGCCUCGCAAAAACAUAACGUAACUGUUUUAUAUAGACGGCAGUGGAGGACAGAAAACACAAAUUUCCCAACAACUCUCGACUCGACAAGUUAAAUUAUGAUAUCCUAUAUACAUGAAUGUAUGAAUGUUGCCCAUUGUAUCGCUUCCAAUUUAUUCCGGGGAAUAACGAUGGCCCGUCAGCCGUGACAAACUCGUUAAUCGGUCUUCAUGACGUCCGUACACGUGUCCCCUCCCCCUCACUGCGUUAUAUUGUUGUACGUUAGUUCUUGUUAGCUGGCAAAAACCUAUCAGGUCGACUGAGAUACAUAAGAAUAAGACUAAAAGCAAGAGCGAAGGCAGGAUCGUCAGUGGUUUAGUAAAUUAGCAAGUGCAUUUAUGGAACCAGUACCGAUAAGAGCGCCAACAGAAGCAACGAUAACGCAACUAAACAGAUCGAUACCACCCACCAGAUAUGACGAUACUCAAUAUGUAUUCGUGUAUGUAAUAGUUAACCGCACUUGGUGGUAGUUGUAUUGUACGCGUGUUAAUACAUAUAUCCGACACGUGUUGAGUCACAACUAACGAUGAUAACCAAGCACAAACAUUGUACACACCACUACUCAUCUUGUAAAUUAUUAACACUUUGGGAUAUUAAAUUAAUUUUAAGUCUUUAUUUAUUAUUAUUAAUAUUAUUAAAUAUUGCGUGGCUGGUGUCCUAAAAUCGUGGAUGUAAUUAUACGCCCUUAUGGUUCUCGAGUGCCAUAAGGGCGUAUAAAAAAUUUUUUUGUUACCAAACGAUGUACUUUUAUUCAAAAGUAACGAAAUAUUGAUUGUACUGAUUUUUAUUUUUUUUUAUAUGAACAUUUUUUUAAUAAUUUUAAAAUCCCGAAUAAAUUUUUUAUCUUCUUCGAGAAAAAAAAAUUCUAACGCCCUUACCCUUAUAGGAAGAAACAAUAGGCCCAAGCUUGGCCGAGGCUUGGCGCAAGACUUAUUAACUCUGGGGAAAGCUUGAAAUCCAAGCUUGGCCCAAGUCUGUCUAAGCAUCGAAAUGAUAACACCCAGCCAAGCUUGAGUGACAGUGUUGUGCCAAGGCUGCAUCUUAGUAUUGGCCCAAUAACCAAUGCCAGUAUUGUGCCAAGAUUGCAUCUAAGUAUUGGCCCAAUAUCGAGAGCCAGUAUUGUGCCAAGACUGUUGCUAAAUAAGCACCUAUGCUUAUUAAAAAUAAAUUAAAAAAAAAAAAAAAAA